AUGGAAGAAAGAACACCAAAUCGACCAACUCAAGAUAGCAUACCAGAAAACAGUUUAAUUCAAGCUGCUUCAAGGGAUUUCCAAAAUCUUAAACCAACAAUUGCUUCAAAAGAUUUUGAAGAUAGAAAAUCAACAGACAAAACCUUCUGUCCAAAUCGCUCUGAAACCAAGAAAUUUUUGCCAUUAAUUCAUCUGCCACAAUACCGGUAUAGAAGAAAUAGAAGAAGUAUAGGAAGUGAAUAUUUUCCCUGGAGUAGUGUUGAGAUUGUAUAUCUGUAUUGGUUUUGGAUCGUGUUUGCUGUUUAUAUUAAUCCAAGAGAUUGA